CGGAAGAGUCACAGCAACCAGCUGAACAUGGAGGGGUCCCUGAUAGCUCGGGACCUCGUGGGCAUCCAGGACUUUGUCCUUUUGGACCCCCACACCAGCGAGACGGCCUUCCUGGACAACCUGAGAAAGCGCUUCAGCGAAGACCUCAUUUAUACCUAUAUUGGCACUCUUUUGGUGUCUGUCAACCCGUACAAAGACCUCGACAUCUACAACAAAAAGCAAAUGGACACCUACAUGGGAGUCAACUUCUUUGAACUUCCGCCCCAUAUCUACGCCCUGGCGGACAACGCGUACCACACCAUGCUGAUGGAGACCAACAACCACUUCAUCCUGAUCUCCGGCGAGAGCGGCGCCGGGAAGACCGAGGCCUCCAAGAAGAUCCUGCAGUUCUACGCGGUCAGCUGCCCGAGCACCAGCCUCCUGCACAGCGUGCGGGACCGCAUGCUCGUGUCCAACCCGGUCCUGGAGGCUUUCGGGAACGCCAAAACACUGAAGAAUGAUAACUCCAGCCGCUUCGGGAAGUACAUGGACAUCCAGUUCGACAGAGAGGGAGAAGCUGUUGGGGGACACAUUCUCAGCUACCUGCUGGAGAAGUCUCGGGUGGUCCAUCAGAACCAUGGUGAGAGGAACUUCCACGUCUUCUACCAGCUAGUGGAGGGCGGGGAGGACGGGCUCCUUCAGUCCCUGGGCCUGGAGAGGGACUGCCAGCACUACAGUUACCUGGUACAGGGGGAAUGUGACAAAGUGAGCUCCAUCAAUGACAAGAAUGACUGGAAGACGAUGAGGAAAGCCCUCUCAGUCAUUGAAUUCACAGAGAGCGACAUCCAGCCUCUGUUCGAGAUCAUCGCCAGCGUCCUCCACCUGGGCAACGUCCACUUCAGUCCCGACGCCCGGGGCUACGCCACUCUGCCCAGCAACGUUGAGCUGCGCUGGGUCUCCAAGUUACUGGGGGUCCAUGUGCAGGUGCUCCUGGAGGCCCUGACCUACAGGAAGAUUGAGGCCAAGACAGACGAGGUCCUCAGCCCCUUCACCAUAGACCACGCCAUCUAUGCCAGAGACGCAUUGGCCAAAGCGAUAUACGGUCGCACCUUCACCUGGCUCGUUAACAAGAUCAAUGAGUCUUUAGCCAAUCAGGAUUCAACUAAGAAGACGGUCAUUGGGUUAUUGGACAUCUACGGCUUUGAAGUAUUCUAUGUGAACAGUUUCGAACAGUUCUGCAUCAACUACUGCAACGAGAAGCUGCAGCAGCUGUUCAUCCAGCUCACUCUGAAAGCUGAGCAGGAGGAGUAUGAAACUGAGGGCAUCGAGUGGGAGCCGGUGCAGUUCUUCAACAACAAGAUCAUCUGCGACCUUGUGGAGGAGAAACACAGGGGCAUCAUCUCCGUGCUGGAUGAGGAAUGCCUGAGACCUGGGGAAGCCACGGACCUCACCUUCCUGGAGAAGCUGGAGGAGAAGAUGGGCAACCACCCUCACUUUGUCACGCACAAGCUGGCCGACAAGCAGAUGCGUAAGACGCUGGAGAGGGGCGAGUUCCGUCUCCUUCACUACGCCGGCGAGGUCACCUACUGCGUCAUCGGGUUCAUUGACAAAAACAAUGAUCUUUUGUACAGGAACAUCAAAGACGUGAUGCGCCAGUCCAAAAACGCCAUCGCCAGGCACUGCUUCGCGUCCGCGGAGCCGGACAGCAGGAAGAGGCCAGAGACGGUGGCCACGCAGUUCAAGAACAGCCUGACGAGGCUGGCGGAGCACCUGAUGUGCAAGGAGGCCUGGUACGUGCGGUGCCUGAAGUCCAACGAGGCCAAGGAGCCCGGUGAGACACCCCGCCAAAAAAAAAACCUCGCCAAAGAGCGGGAAAGUGUCGCUACGCUGGCCCGGCGGCGGCGGCCUGCUCCUCACGGGCGGGAUCGUCACGUGUGGCUCCGCCCCCCUCUCUCCGCAGGCCGGUUCGAUGAGGCGCUGGUGAGGCACCAGGUGAAGUACCUGGGGCUGAUGGAGCACCUGCGGGUCAGGCGUGCGGGCUUCGCCUACCGACGGCGCUACGAGAACUUCCUGCAGAGGUAUAAGCCCCUGUGUCCGGACACCUGGCCCCACUGGAGAGGGGUCCCCGCCGACGGUGUCGAAAAGCUGGUCAGACACCUGGGCUACGGGCCGGACGAGUACAAGAUGGGCAGAACCAAGAUAUUCAUCCGCCACGCCCGGACGCUUUUCGCCACAGAAGACGCCUUCGAGCGCUGUAAGCACGAGCUGGCGUCGAGGAUUCAGGCCAAGUACAAAGGCUACAGAGCGAAAGGAGAGUUCCGGAAACAGAAGGAAGCGGCCACCAAGAUUGAGACCUGCUGGAGAGGAGUACAGGCCAGGAAAGAGAGAGAGAAGAGGGCCUGGGCUGUCAAAGUUAUCAAGAAAUUUAUCAAGGGAUACAUGAACAGACAUCUGGCGACGUCUGCGGACAACUCAGAGUACCUGGCCUUCGUCAGAGUCAACUAUCUCAACAGGCUGAAGGACAACCUGCCCAAAACUGUCCUCGACAAAACCACCUGGCUGACCCCUCCACCUGUCGUGAAGGAGACCUCGGAACUCCUGCGCAAGCUCCACACGCGAAUGCUGGUGCGGAAGUACGUGAAAGGGACCACACCCCAGCGGAAAGCCCAGCUGCAGCUUAAAGAGAAAACCAGCGCCAUGUUCAAGGGGAAGAAGGACAGCUAUGCGCAGAGCGUCUCCAAGCCCUUCGUAGACACCAGGAUCAGUGAGGAGGAUAUCAACCCCAGGGUCGUGCAGACAAUUCGCCAGGAACGAAUCAAGUAUAGCACCCCGGUGGUGAAGUACGACCGGAACGGCUUCAAGUCUCGCCAGCGGCAGCUCAUCCUCACCCAGGCUGCGGCCUACGUGGCGGAGGAGGCCAAGAUCAAGCAGAGGGUGGCGUACGGCGCUCUCACAGGCGUGUCCGUCAGCAACCUGACCGACAGCAUCAUGAUCCUGCACGUCAGGUGCGAGGACGCCAAGCAGAAGGGGGACCUGGUGCUGGAGUGUGAGCACCUGUUCGAGGCGCUGACCAAGCUGAGUGUGGUGGCUAACAAGCAGGAAGCCAUCAAAGUGGUCCAGGGAAGCAUCAAAUUCGACAUCCAGCCGGGCAAGGAGGGAUUUGUGGACUUCGCCAGUGGCCAGGAGCCCAUGGUGUACAAAGCCAAGAAUGGCCACCUGAUGGUGGUAUCUCUGCGAGCCAGAGCUCGGUGAUUGGAGAAGGGGGUCUCCCGGACACACGAUAGGCCAGGUGAUCUUCGAGGACGUACGGAUCCCACCAAGACCCCUGAAUAUUUCAUCAGAGAGGACAGACAGGCCUGGUGAAAGGACCUCCCCCACCCACCCCCCGAAAUGCAGUGACAUCACCCUCUGUGGGUGGGGGUCCAAGCUGCCACCUGCAAGGUGGGGGGGGGAAGCUGGAAGAACAUGAGCGUUGCCCCUGGAAACGGUGACCACUGCCCUCCAAAAAUGGAACAUCCCAGGUCUUCAGUCUCCUCACUAAAACAGUUCAGUGCAAAAAUGAACGCUCCUUCUCCAGUCUUCUCAUAGGGUUAAUUAAAAUAACAAGGGCUAAAAACAACAUUUCCCAAAGUAAUAAUUUGGGUAUACUGUGUCAGUACUUAGAAAGCAUUUAAUUACGUAUGUAACAGGGUAAAAUAUUCCACUUCUCAUAGGUUUCAGAAAUGUAACAUCUGGAGGCUUUAUCAAAAUUGUCCUUCGUUAUUUCUUUGUGAUAUCAAAGCCAUAUGUAUCAUAAUUUUAUAUGUAA